ACCGUUUGCUCGCAUUCCGCCUCGCCGACAGCCAAGAUGCGGGCAGCUAUACCCUCUCCCUCCUCUGCUGCUGGUCUGCGCGCAGCUUCUCUUCGUAGCCGUGGCUUUGCAACUAGAUCGCUAGCUCUCCAAACAAACAAGACCAUCACCAACACCACCACUUCCUCUGCUGUCACAAGCUCCAGAUCCCAGGUCGCCGCUUCCCUGCUCUCCCGAUCCUCCCCACGCUUCGUCCCUGCCAUUGCCGACCAAUUCGCACUCCGACACCAGCGGCGCACCAUGGCUUCCUCUACAGGCUUCAACAAGAUCAAGGUCAAGAACCCCGUCGUGGAGCUGGACGGCGAUGAAAUGACCAGGAUCAUCUGGCAGGAAAUCAAGAACAAGUUCAUCCACCCGUACCUGGACAUCGACCUCAAGUACUACGACCUUGGUCUUGAAUACCGCGACCAGACUGAGGACAAGGUGACGCUGGACGCUGCCGAGGCCAUCAAGAAGUACUCGGUCGGUGUCAAAUGCGCCACCAUCACCCCCGAUGAGCAGCGUGUCGAAGAAUUCAAGCUCAAAAAGAUGUGGCUUUCACCCAAUGGCACCAUUCGCAACCACCUAGGAGGAACCGUUUUCCGCGCCCCCAUCGUUAUCCCUCGUGUCCCUCGUCUCGUGCCUGGCUGGAAGCAAGCCAUCAUCAUCGGACGUCAUGCUUUUGGCGACCAAUACCGUGCGAAGGACCGCGUCAUUGAUACCGAGGGCACACUUGAGAUGGUCUUCACCCCCAAGGGUGGAAAGCCCGAAACCGUCAAGGUCUACGACUUCCCUGCUGGCGGUGGUGUCGCUCAGACCCAAUACAACACGUCCGAAUCCAUCCAGGGCUUCGCACACGCCUCGUUCAAGCUUGCGCUUGACAAGAAGCUCCCGCUCUACAUGAGCACAAAGAACACUAUUCUUAAGGCAUAUGAUGGCCGGUUCAAGGACAUCUUCCAAGAAAUCUACGAUACCCAAUACAAGAAGGACUUCGAGGCCAAGGGCAUCUGGUACGAGCACCGAUUGAUCGAUGACAUGGUCGCCCAAAUGAUCAAGAGCGAGGGAGGCUUCAUCAUUGCUAUGAAGAACUACGAUGGAGACGUACAAUCCGAUAUUGUCGCCCAAGGAUUCGGUUCUCUCGGUCUCAUGACCUCUGUCCUCAUCACCCCCGAUGGCAAGACCUUCGAAUCCGAAGCCGCUCACGGAACCGUGACCCGCCAUUACCGUGAGCACCAGAAAGGCCGCGAAACCUCCACUAACCCCAUUGCCUCCAUCUUCGCCUGGACCCAGGGUUUGGCCAAGCGUGGAGAGCUCGACGGCACGCCCGAUCUCGUCGUCUUUGCUGAGCAGCUGGAAAAGGCUUGCGUCGACACUGUGGACAUUGACGGCGUCAUGACCAAGGAUCUCGCCCUCGCAUGCGGUAAGAAGGAUAGGAGUGCUUGGGUCACCACGAAUGAGUACCUGGAGGCAGUCGAGCGGAGGCUGAAGGCCAGCUUGAAGCAGAAGCUGUAAAAUGUUUUGCGCCAAAGCCAUCUAUGUAGACCCCUUGUAGAUAUGUCUGGUCUCUCUAGGAUAGCUGGAUCUUGCUUUUUUGCAUAUACGAAUAUUUGCGAUUCCCAUCAAAAAAAUCUCCCUGUUUCCCAGAUAUCAAUCAACUUGAUUUGUGAUGCGUGGACAAGAUCUGCCCCUCUUUUGAUUUAUGUACAUUCGUUAAGGAUUACCCUGAGUACACAUGCCUAUAUAUUGUCGUGUGUUUUUCAUCCAAGGAGCAGUACUUGACGUCUGCUUGUCUGUUUUGAAUGUGCAAAAACGGCAGCAGUGCUUUGCCUGCGUCAAUGUCUCACAAUACCAGUUUGCCGUAUCAAUUUGUGUGCAGCCGCAUGUGCUUGCUGAUUUGUUUUUUCGUCUUUUGCGCACUUGCAUGUCUCUCAUAUUCCGCCCCUCUAAUUCUAUUUGGUCGUGUGCCUGCUCGCCUCCGUGGAAUUGGAUGAAUGCUAAGACAGCUCGUGUCGAAGCGUCGCAAUCACUGAGCCACUACCCCAAU